GCCAUGUUUGUCCUGAAAGGAUAAACGCACACAGUCCUCUGCUUUCCUGUGACAUGAGGUCCACUGUUCAGGGUUUUUUUGAAGCUCUACACAUAACUGGGAUCUGGAGACCGGGCCGCAGUGAACUAUGAUCGUAAAAAGGAAGCAAUGUCUUUAUCCAAAGACACCAACCUUUGGGUGUGGGUGCCUGUGCACGUGUGUGAACAGGCUCGGUUGUUCAGAUAAACAUCUGGGUGUUAAAGUUAUGAGGAUAAUCAUGGAGACAAGUUCAGUUUCUUUUCCUUUGUCAUCCUCAUCAAACUUCUGCUUCAUUUCUUCCUUUUCCCAUCUCUAAAAUGCAAAUUUUCCACAUUCUCUUCUGUCUUUCAUCCAGUCCAAAAAGAAAUCCAUACGAGUAAAAUCAAAAAGAAUUUGGGCUUAAUAUUUUGAAAACAUGUUUAACCAGCAAAACUGAUGUACAGACCAGUCGAUGCUGUUAGAGGACAAAUGUUAGUUUGUCUAAAAAGGAGCAUUUUGACGGAUCAUUCAUGAAGACCUGACUAGCAUGUGUGCUUCUAUCAAAUGUUCUGAAAAUGGACUAUAAAGAAAUUUUAGAUGUACCCAGUUUUAAGACAGAAUAGAUUUCAAUGAGAAUCCAAACCUGAAGUUUUAGAGUUUAACUUAAAGCAAACGGUGACAGACGGACGGCUGCGUCUGCAGACUGACGUCCAGCUGGGAUCAAACCGAAUCAGUCGCUUCCUUCACAAGACGGGACCAGUUGGAGUAAAAGAGGACGGACUUUGUGAUCAAAAGUAAUGAGCAGCUUAGAAGCAUGUUGUGAGUACAGGAAACCAAAGGACAAACAGCACUUCCUCUGUUAUAACACUUCUGAUAGGAAGAAGAAACACUUCCUUUUUAUGAGACUGAGCUGAUGAACUGUUGAGCUUCAUCUUCAAAUGGACUGACACUAAAAUACUGAGUGGGAGGAGCCAAGACUUUCUUUUCUAUGUAGUCAUCAAAUAGGAAAUGAACAUUUACAGCGAGGCUAAGAAUGACUCUUCUACUGAAAUUAGUCUUUAUUUUCAUGCUUCAGUUUGAAGUUUCUGCUGCUGUUUUCUCUUAUAAGCCGCUGUAUAAAAGAGUUGGAGAGGACGCCGUUUUACCUUGUUCUGUUGAAAGACGCUCUAACCGGGACGUCUACUGGGUGAUCAGCAGACUCAGAAGAGCCGCUUCAGAACAGAUGAGCUGCACAGCAAACGUUGAGCAGACUGCAGCAUCCAGGCUGAGCGUGAACAGCAGCUGCUCUCUGCUCAUCAGAAACGUCACCGAGGAAGACGCUGGACGCUACGUCUGUCGGGACAGACAGGAUUACUACAACUACAUCCCUGUGUUUCUGGAAGUUCUGACCAUCUCUUUGUCUCCUUCAGAUGUCGGUGGAAGAGUCGACCUGAGGUGCUCCUUGCUAAGCUUCCAUGAACUCCACGUCUGUGAGGGAAGCACCAUCAUCUGGAUGAACCAGACGGGAUCAGAACUGUCGGCCAAAAAUCCACAGUUUGAGCUUCAAAGACCAACAAAGUGUGUUUCUGUUCUGACUGUGGAGCAUCAGAGUGGAAACCACCAGACAUUCACCUGUCAGUUUGUUAAAGACAAGCAGGUGAAGACAGAAGCCGUCUACCUUCUUACAGACACCGGUGAACAAACUAAACAUCUCAACUACAGAGUUGGAGAGGAAGUCCUUUUACCUUGCAGAACUACAUCCUCCUCUUCCUCAUGUUCUGAUGUUACCUGGCUGCACCAGAAAGGUCCAGAUGAAGCACUAAGACCAGCAGUCCACAAAGGAAGUGUUGUCCGGACUUCAGCUGCAGCUUCCAGGCUGAGUGUGAGCAGCGACGGCUCUCUGCUCAUCAGAAGCAUCACUGAGGAAGACGCUGGUCGAUAUCUGCUUCGGCUCGGCAACAAGAAUGAGUUAGACGUGUAUCUGCAUAUUUUGAGCAAUCUUUCUGGUCACAUCUUCAUCAUCCUCGCUGGAGCCGUGGUGAAGGUGGUGUUGGUGUUUCUGGGUCUGAUUGCUGCUCUGGUCUGCAUGGCCAGGAGGAGAACCAAAGGGAACGAGGACCAGAGAACGAGAACAAGUACUUUCACUCUUCGUCAUCUUCUGAUCUGGAUGAUGUCAUUUCCUGUUUCUCUCAGCUCAUAAAAAUAAACUAAGUUGGGAGAAGAACUGUGGAUGCUGAUGAAGACGCCCUGUGAAGAAGACAUGCAGAAAACUCUUCUUAGAACAAAUCUUACAAUUUUGUUUUUUAAAAGAAUGCAGAUAUCUUCUGCUCUAUGAUAAGUUUUCUUUAUUUCUUUUUAGAGAAUUCAACUACAGCAGCUUCAUUUGCUCAGAUCUGCCUUCACCUGCAAGGUUUCUAAGUGGCCUGUUCAGAAAUAGACGCAGGAAAUAUGUGUGUGUGUGUGUGUGUGUGUGUGUGUGUGUGUGUGUGUGUGUGUGUGUGUGUGUGUGUGUGUGCAUGAGUGCGUGCGUGCGAAUUGUACUGUGACUGUUCUGAUCUUCAGCUCUCAUAUGAAGCUAGUAAAGCUACAUACAUGCAUAUACAUGUAUAUAUACAUGCAAAUACAUGUAUAUGCAUGUAUAAAUAAACGCCGUUUACCUCUUCACGGAUGUGUGGGACAGACUGCUGACAUUGGGAAGAACCUUUAAAAAAGAAUAAAAGCAUCUGGAUUCUCCAGAUGACACAUUA